AACACGGGGGAUUCAAUGGCAGCUAAUCUUCCAUUAAUUUCCAUAAUCUUCCUUUCAUUUUGCUAUGUAGCUUCCAGCUUUGAUCAAGUCUCCUUUCUCCAAUGCUUUUCCCUUCAUCCACUUCAAUCCAACUCCACUUCCAAAUCCAUCACAACAAGAAAAGAUCCAACUUACAUCUCUCUUUUGCAGUCUUCCAUUCAAAACCUCAGAUUCUUGAACACUUCCUCACCAAGCCCACAACUCAUUGUUACCCCGGUCAAUCCAUCUCAGAUACAAGCAGCCAUAGUAUGCUCCCAGAAGCUCGGCGUACAUGUGCGGGUGCGAAGUGGGGGCCAUGACUAUGAGGGCCUCUCCUACGUAUCCCAAAUGCCCUUCAUCAUAAUCGAUCUCAGGAACAUGAGGUCGGUUGAGGUGGACGUCGAGAAAGAGAGUGCAUGGGUGGAGACUGGAGCAACAUUAGGAGAAUUGUACUAUGCAAUUUCUCAAAAGAGCAAGGUUUUGGGAUUCCCAGCUGGUAGUUGUCCUACUGUUGGAGUUGGAGGGCAAGUGAGUGGGGGUGGGUUUGGCACGAUAUUUCGAAAGUACGGUCUAGCAGCCGACAACGUGAUCGAUGCCAAAAUUGUUGAUGUUAAUGGAAAGGUUUUGGAUCGGAAAGCAAUGGGUGAAGAUCUUUUUUGGGCUAUUAGAGGAGGUGGAGGAGCAAGCUUUGGUGUCAUAUUUGCCUGGAAAUUUGUGCUGGUUCCUGUCCCUCCAACCGUCACUGUAUUUGAAGUGGGAAAGACCAUUGAAGAAAAUGCAACUAUGCUUUUGUACAAGUGGCAGAAUGUUGCAUACAAGCUUCAUGAAGACCUCUUCCUCCAUGCUGUGACAGGAGUUGUCACUUCAUCUUCGAGUUUGGCGAACAAAACAAUCAGCAUCUCAUUCGGGGGCUUGUACCUCGGCAAGAUUGAAAAACUCCUGCCUUCAAUUCAAGAAAGCUUUCCCGAGUUGGGUUUGACGCGUGAAAGCUGCACGGAGAUGAGUUGGAUUCAAUCCGUCCUUUAUUUUGCAGGAUUCUCUCAAGACGGAUCUCCCAAAGUCUUGCUCAACCGGACUCAAUCGUCCAGAUCCUUUUUCAAGGCGAAAUCCGACUACGUGAUGGAGCCUAUUUCGCAAAGUGCUUUGCAAGGUCUGUGGAAUAAGCUCAUCGAAGACGAGACGUCUUACCUGAUUUUAACACCUUAUGGCGGGGUAAUGAGCCAGAUCUCCGACUCGGCGACUCCUUUCCCACACCGGAGAGGGAAUAUGUACCAAAUUCAGUACAUGGUUACUUGGGACAGUGAAGAGGAAAACAAUCAGAAAAUUAAUUGGAUGAGAGAGUUGUAUGAUUAUAUGGCACCUUAUGUUUCACGAUUUCCAAGAGCAGCUUAUAUGAAUUAUAGGGAUCUUGACUUGGGGAGGAACUACGUCAUCAAUACUACUUAUGCUCAAGCAAGUGUCUGGGGUUUGAAAUAUUUCAAAAGCAAUUUUAAGAGAUUGGUGAAAGUGAAGACCGCAUCCGAUCCGGCUAACUUUUUCUGGAACGAGCAAAGCUUUCCUGUGUUGUCUCCGGGAAGACGAUAAGCGCAGGCCUAUAAGUUGUAUUAGGGAUUAGCCCGUGUUCUGGGUUGGAACAACAUCAACUAUGUAAUAAGUGUUCGACAUACUUAGAACUUUUCAGUGACUAAUUGGCAAAAUAUCUCGACAAGUUCAAUCA